UUGGCAGCGAUAUCAGUAACGGCACGAUAUCAAUACCGGCAGUGAUAUCGAUACCGGCUCGAUAUCAAUACCGGCAGCCAUAUCGAUACCGGCAGUGGUAUCGGAGCCGUCCGUGGACCUCGCGCGUCCCGGCCGGGCCCGUUCAGCCGGUGCAGGGGCGGAACGCGCCGUGGCCGGGCGGGAGAGCGGCCCUGCCCCCGGUGUAACGGGGAUGGAGGGAGCGGCAAUGUGAGCCCCUGUCCCGGCCAUGGCCGAGCCCGCUGGAGGGACCAGGCUGCACCCGCCGCCCGCGGGGCGCAGGAGGUGACGGACUCCUCAUGAGAGCCCCCAGCAGGUGCUCGUGGGACGCCAGGGAUCACUGCGUGCUGAGGCCAGCACGGAGACAUGAGUGGCAGCGCGAGCCAGCGCGCCGCCGCCCUGGGGGUCCUCUUUGCCCUGAUCAUGUUGCUGAUCAUCUACAGCUCCGGCAACGGGAGCGAGGUCUUCCCCUACAGCCGCCUGCGGGGCAGAGCCCGCCGGCCUCCCAACCUCAAGAAGUGGGGGGUGAAAAGCGGGUACCUGCCUGUCUGUGGGAACAAGACCCUGACUGCCCGCUGCCACCAAUGCGUCAUUGUCACCAGCUCCAGCCACCUCCUGGGCACCCACCUGGGCACGGUCAUUGACGGGGCCGAGUGCACCAUCCGCAUGAACGAUGCUCCCACCACGGGCUACAAUGCUGAUGUGGGCAACAAGACCAGCUUCCGCGUGGUGGCCCACUCCAGCCUCUACCGUGUCCUCAAGCGGCCCCAGGAGUUCGUCAACAAGACCCCAGAGACCAUCUUCAUCUUCUGGGGGCCUCCCACCAAGAUGCAGAAGAGCCUCCUGAAGAUCAUCCAGCGCGUCUGCACCUCGUUCCCCAACAUGACAGCCUACGUUGUCUCCCCUGGCCGCAUGAAACAGUUUGAUGACCUGUUUCGGGGAGAGACAGGGAAGGACAGGGAGAAGUCUCGCUCGUGGCUCAGCACUGGCUGGUUCACCAUGGUGAUCGCGGUGGAGCUGUGUGACGCCGUCCAUGUCUAUGGCAUGGUGCCACCCAGCUACUGCGGCCGCCACCCCCCGCCCCGCCGCCUGCCCUACCACUACUACGAGCCCAAGGGCCCCGACGAGUGCACAACCUACAUCCACAACGAGCGCAGCCGCAGGGGCAACCACCACCGCUUCAUCACUGAGAAGAGGGUCUUUGCCAGCUGGGCCGGCCUCUACAACAUCACCUUCUCCCACCCCACCUGGACUUAGGGGCUGCCCCACACCUGCUGGGUAGACUCCUGGAGCUGGGAUGGAUGGGGGUUCCCCUGCAUCCUCCUGGGAGUGGGGGGAGCCCUGGCUCAGGGUGCCACCAGCUGCCUCCCACAGGACCACUGCUGUUGGUGGCUCCUUGCCCCUGGGAUGUGUUGGAUUUUGAGCUGGUUUUUGGGGGCCAGGUGGUGAAUGUAAGAUUUGGGGUGUCCUCCCUCCAUGUGCAGGAUACUUGGCGAUGAUAUCCUGCCCCAUCCUGGUCCAUGCACAUUGCAGCCCUUGUGAGCCUGUAAGGGGGUUCCAGGUCCCCUCAGCUCAGUUUUGGUUUACACCACUUCUGGGGUCACCACAGAGAUUGUUUGCCCCAACCAUCUGGGUGGGGAGAUGUCCUCUUGGAGCUUAGCCCCCCUCUGCCUUCCCCAGCCUCCUCAUCCCCAGUCUUCAGUCAUCCUUCCUGCAGCAGAACCCCACAGUUUUUGGUGGGACCCCAUGGGGGUGACAUUGUCACCCUCCGUGUCCCAGCACCCCAAAAACAUCAGCCCCUCCUAGCACCGCUGUGCCCCAUACUGCCAAAAGCUUUUCUAACUGAAAGAUGGGCUUUUUGGGAGCUUUUUGGGGGUUUUGGCUUUUUUUUAUCCCUGCUUCUAAUCCUGGGGAUUGUACUUGGGUUUCCUGGAUGAAGGAGUGAGCAGGGGCUGCUCAUUAGUGAUAACAAAGGGCCAGCAGCUGCUUAUAAACAAUUUAGAAGUGGGCAGGUAGUGAGGGGCAGUGGUGCCUCUUGGUACCCUGUGGCUGGAACAGGACUUUGUUAUUAAUUUCUCAGCAGCAGAGAAGGUGAUCUGGGGAAAGCACCUAAAUUUGGUGUGUGGCCUUGGCAGGAAUCCAUUCCUCAGUUUCCCUCUGGUUGGGGUUUUGGGGGGCUUGGUGCUGGGGGAAGCAGUGGGGCGCCCAUGUUUUGUAAUUGUUUGUACAGGAAUAAAUAUUGCUGCAGUCUGUUACCUUGAGCCCUGGCUCUGGAUGGGUUUUUGAGGAUGAUGGCAGUGACCCCCAGCCCACAGCAGUGCUGUCCCUGGGCACUCAGGAGGGUGUGGCAAGGUGCCCAGCAUGUCCAGGUGGGAUCCACGUCCAGUCCCUGGCUGACUCCAGCUCUGAGCCCCCUCCACAGUGUCAGGUGGCAGCUGAGACCUCCCCAGAUUGUGUCACCCCAGCCAGGUGCCCUGGGGUCACAGGGUCUUGGGGCAGGGCCUGUGCAGGCACAGAGGAGGAGGAAGGGCAGGUAAGUGCGAGAACUGGGAGAUCACAGUUGCCUGCCUCCAAGUCUGGUGCCACAGAAGGGCUUUGCCAUGAGAUGGGCACAGAAGGGAGCAGCACGAUGGCACUGGCUCUGGUCUGGCACAUCCUGGAUAACACACCCAGACAAGCUGUGGAGGGGCAACUGCUCAGACACAUAUCAAACAAAUCACCCCCAGUUAUGGGACAGACAGCAUCUGCAACCACCGAAGCCCCUCUUCCCCCUGCCAAAUAUGCCUUAGACUUUUAUGUAAAUUAUAUGUAAGAGGAACUUGAGAUAAAAUAAAGGUGGUACUAUUGUCCGAGCAUUAUCUCAGAUUACGGGUGGUAAAUAAAACUGGGGGAGAAGAAUGUAUCGCUGAUAAUAGACACAAAGAAUCCACAAGGAAAGCCAAGUAACUGUGGU